GAGUCUCAUUUAGCUAACCCUAAACCUCUAAUAUGAGUAGCGAACUCAUAAGCUUCAUGAAGGUGAUACUCAUAUCCAUGGCCUCUCUAUUGUAUUGCUAUUUCAUAGCUCCAAAACUUCCCAAAGGCAAAUUCAGGCUCAUUUCGUUCCUCCCCGUCUUCUCCCUCUUCCUCGUCCUCCCUCUCUAUGUCUCGUCCGCCUUCCUCUCGAGUAGCUUCGCCUUCUUCAUCACCUGGCUCACGACCUUUAAGCUCGUUCUAUUCUCAUUCAAUUUAGGUCCUUUAGCUUUCGACUCGAAAGUAUCGUUCACUUUGUUUGCUUCCAUUGCGUUCUUACCAACUAGAAUCAAGCAUAACAAAACAGCCAAAUACGUUCAAAAUCAUGACGAUCUUGGCAACGAUCCACACCCUAUGCUGCCUCUAAGCUUGCCAGCCAAGGUGGUGAUAUUUGCUAUGUUGGUCAUGGGUAAGAGGCACUUAGAAAUUAUGGAUCCCAUUGCAAAAUUGUACGUGAAUUGUGCAACGUUGUAUUUCUAUUUAGACAUGACUAUGAGUCUUUCUAAUGUGUUUGUUCGAUCGAGAUUUGGCGUUGAGGUUAGACAACCGUUUGACGAGCCAUAUCUCGCGACGUCGCUUCAAAAUUUUUGGGGACGGAGAUGGAAUCGAUCUGUGUCGGAAACUUUGCAUACCGCUGUUUAUCAACCCGUUCGUUAUGAAAUCGGAGUGCCACGGUGGAUGGCGGUGGUCAUUGUGUUUGUGGUGUCCGGGUUGAUGCAUGAGCUUUUGCUUUACUAUAUCAUUAGAGCGAUCCCAACGUGGGAAGUUACAUGGUUCUUUGUUGUUCAUGGACUGUGUGUGGCUGUGGAGAUUGAGCUGAAAAGGGCUUUGGGGAAAAGGUGGCGGAUUCAUUCGGCGGUGUCCCGACCACUCACGAUAGCAUUUUUCGUAGCCACCGUUCAUUGGUUGUUUUUUCCACCACUGUUGAGGAUAAAACACUCCCCAAGUGGCUAGGUCACCUGUCGUGUGUCGUGUGU